CCGGCUUCGAGAUCUCAGCGCGAGGAGAAAGGAUGAUUCCCACGCGCGUCAGCCACAACCCGAUCAUCGGCCCCGGCGUGGUGCCAUUCGGCGUGGAUCCCGCGUACGACGCCCAGUACAAGCUCAACCAGGCCCCCAGAUCCCACGUAGCGUCCCACGGCCAGGGCAAGCCCUUCACCGUGGAGCCCGGGCCCCACCAGCGCACGCAGUAUCCCUACGUGACCGGUACCACCGUCUUGGGAUGCAAGUACAAGGAUGGCGUCAUGAUUGCGUGCGAUACCCUCUGCUGUUAUGGUUCGACCAAGAGGUACAAGAGCGUCGAGCGCAUCAAGAAGGUGAACAGUUCGACGAUCAUCAGCUUCACCGGCGAGCUCUCGGACUUUCACUACAUAGUCAGCCUCCUCGAGGAGCUCGACACGACCGACUACUGCGAGGAUGACGGCAGUGAGCUCGCACCGUGGGAGAUCCACUCGUACCUGUGCCGCGUGAUGUACAACAGGCGCAACAAGUUCGACCCGCUGUGGAACAGCCUGGUCGUCGCGGGGGUGAAGCACGGUAGGACCUUUCUGGGCACCGUGGGGAUGAUCGGUCAGCACUAUGAGGAUUCGCACCUCGCCGCCGGGUUCGGCAACCACAUGGCGAGGCCGCUGUUCCGCGAGAAGCACACCGACGACAUGAGCGAGGAGGACGCCAGGAAGCUCAUGGAAGAUUGCCUUAGAGCGUGCCUUAUGCGCGACAAGACGAUGAUGAACAAAUUCCAGAUCGCCAAGGUUACUGCGGGCGGCCUGGAGAUCUCGGAGCCCUUCCAGGUGCCCAUGAACUGGGGGUAUGAAAAGUUCAAGGAUCCCACGAAGCAUGCCGUGGGUGCGUGGUGAAGGGGGUGAUUUAUCUCGUUGUAAUCAUACUACACUCGAUAAUCG